AUGGUCCCCGCUGCUCGCGCUGGCCGCCCGGGCCUCCGCCGGGACAGGAAAAGAGAGGUAUUCUCCAAUGCCAUCGUUAAGGCCUUCGCCAUGAUCAUCGACAAGCUGGAGGAAGAUAUCAACAGCUCUAUGACCAACAGUGCGGCGGCCAGCAGGCCCCGGGUCACCCUCAGGCUGGUGGUGCCCGCCACCCAGUGUGGCUCCCUGAUCGGCAAGGGUGGCUGCAAGAUCAAGGAGAUCCGCGAGAGCACGGGGGCCCAGGUCCAGGUGGCGGGGGAUAUGCUGCCCAACUCGACCGAGCGGGCCAUCACUAUCGCCGGCGUGCCGCAGUCGGUCACCGAGUGUGUCAAGCAGAUCUACCUGGUCAUGCUGGAGACGCUCUCCCUGUCUCCGCAAUGGAGAGUCAUGACCAUCCCGUACCAGCCCGUGCCGGCCAGCUCGCCAGUCAUCUGCGCGGGCGGCCAAGAUCGCUGCAGCGACGCGGCGGGCUACCCCCACGCCACCCACGACCUGGAGGGACCACCUCUAGACGCCUACUCGAUUCAAGGACAACACACCAUCCUGGCCAAGCUGAACCAGGUGGCAAGACAACAGUCUCACUUUGCCAUGAUGCACGGCGGUACGGGAUUCGCCGGAAUUGACUCCAGCUCUCCAGAGGUGAAAGGCUAUUGGGCAAGUUUGGAUGCAUCUACUCAAACCACCCAUGAACUCACCAUUCCAAAUAACUUAAUCGGCUGCAUAAUCGGGCGCCAAGGCGCCAACAUCAAUGAGAUCCGCCAGAUGUCCGGGGCCCAGAUCAAAACUGCCAACCCGGUGGAAGGCUCUUCUGGAAGGCAAGUCACUAUCACUGGCUCGGCUGCCAGUAUUAGCCUGGCCCAGUAUCUAAUCAAUGCCAGGCUUUCCUCUGAGAAGAGCAUGGGGUGCAGCUAGAACAGUGUAGGUUCGCUCGUAACCCCCUUCUGCUGUUUUCCCAUGAUCCAACUGUGUAAUUUCUGGUCAGUGAUUCCAGGUUUUAAAUAAUUUGUAAGUGUUCAGUUUCUACACUUUAUCAUCCGCUAAGAAUUUAAAAAGAAAAUCACAUUCUCUGUUCAGCUGUUAAUGCUGGGAUCCAUAUUUAGUUUUAUAAGCUUUUCUCUGUUUUUAGUUUUGUUUGGGUUUUUUGGCUCAUGGAUUUUAUUUCUGUUUGUCGAUAAGAAAUGUAAGAGUGGAAUGUUAAUAAAUUUCAGUUUAGUUCUGUAAUGUCAAGAA